UAUACCGCAAAUAUGGCGCUGCCCGUAUAGAGGGUUGGGGUAUCGCGGUCGGCUGGAUGAGCCUAUUCCAGUUUAACCGAGUGUAGGAUGGAUUCUAAUAAAGGGACCUCUUCAAGAUUAUUCGCGCUAUCUCCUAUAGAAGCAAAAGAAGAAAUAGACGAGAAAUUUGAACGCUGUUUUACCUUUUUGCAAGGCAUCAUCAGUGGGGUGUCAGAAAAGGAAGCACAUGAUGCACUUAAUGCAGCAGUUUGUAAAGCUGCUCAGGCACACGAUGACAUCAACACAGGGUUUCUCUAUGGCAUUCUCACAGAUUCUUCGAAUGGCGCAAGGUACUACCGUGACGUGACAUUUAUUGCACGUGAUGGGCUGCAACAUCUCAUCAAUCAGCUGAGCUUGCUCAUACUCGAAAAGUACCCCAAGUUACACGACAGUUGUCGAUCGCAGUUGAUCUGGCUUAUCAAAGAGCUCAUAAAAAAUUCAGUUAUUAAUGUGGAUACGUUGUGUCAGAACCUGUUGAGGCAGAUAGCAGGAGGAGAUGUGUCACCAAAAAAUGUCUUUCUGGUGGAAGCCAUGCUGGACAUCUUCAACGAGCACAGUGCUUGGCUAGCUGGUCUACCCGUACUGACUGCCACAGCCGUGUACACAUAUCUCCGGCUAAUCGUCGAUCAUGGCAGCCAGCCGUUUUUAACACUGAGGCAAAGGGAAGUUGACUUUUGCAUCGGCAUGUUGAGGGAAAAGUUCACGGAAUGUGCCAUAAUUGGGCGAGACCUGGUGCGUCUGCUACAGAACGUGGCACGCUUACCAGAGUUUGAGAAGCUAUGGAAGGACAUCUUGCAUAAUCCCUCUUCUCUGUCUCCCACAUUUACUGGUGCACAGCAGCUGCUCACGCAGCGGACUUCUCGGAGGUUUCUUCAGUGCCGUCUGACGCCCGAUAUGGAGCGCAAGAUCAUCUUCCUCACGUCCCAGGUGAAAUUCGGCAACCAGAAACGGUACCAGGAUUGGUUUCAGAAACAGUACCUGAGCACACCUGAGAGUCAAUCGUUGCGCUGUGACAUCAUCCGAUUCAUCUGUGGAGUGAUUCAUCCAUCCAACGAACUACUCUGUUCUGACAUUAUUCCACGGUGGGCAGUGAUCGGCUGGCUGCUAACAACGUGCACAUCCAAUGUGGCGGCUUCCAAUGCCAAGCUCGCUCUUUUCUACGAUUGGCUAUUCUUCAACCCCGAACGGGACAAUAUUAUGAACAUUGAGCCAGCUAUUCUGGUGAUGUACCAUUCCAUGAGGCCUCACCCUGCAAUCACUGCCACACUGCUGGAUUUCCUCUGCAGGAUAAUGCCAAACUUCUGCAAGAACUUAGCAGCACAGGUCAAGCAAGGCAUAUACACGUCACUACGGCAGAUACUUGAGAAACGUGUGCUAGCUUCUCUGUCUCCGUUGUUUGACAAUCCCAAGUUGGACAAAGAGCUUCGGUCGAUGAUUCGAGAACAGUUUGCGGAGUUCUGCUCUCCCGUUGAUGGCAAGGUAGAAGACCCAGUUCCGUUACCGCCAGGAGCCAUGAUUCUUGAUGGCAACCACAAUUCCGUCAUGAACUGUGAAGGUGAAGCGCAGUUUAGUGAAGAUGAAGACGACAUACCAUUAGGAAAACUUCGGUCAAAAGACAUCAAAUUUCAGCCUAUUCGAGAGUCAAAAGUUGAACAAAUUGAUAUUAGUGAACAUCUGGCACAGCUGAAUGGCAAUAUCAAGAAAAAUAUCCUGGAAUUGCAAAAUGAAAAGGACAGUGAAUCCCAAUGUGAAAUUGUGGAGCGAUUAUUACAAGCAAUACUUCGGGAGGAGGACUUCGAUCAGGACACAGCAACAUCUAUAGGCACAUGCUUAGCACAGAUUCUGGACAAUGAAUUUACAAGGAGAUUGCUUCCGCAAGAACCGGACGAUGAGUCUAUAGAGGAGUCCAUAGGAACGCCUCUGUUUGUACUAUUCAGAAACCUGUGCCAGACCCCCGAAGAGGACCCUAGUCGGCAAGCCCAGCUCACCAUUCUUUGGGAAGUGGGAGCCCUUCAGCCUCGUCUUGGCUAUCGGCUGCUCUACUUUUUGAGGACCUCCUCCCCACCAGGGGGCGGAGGAUCUUCGCCGUCUGCUGGGUACUCUUCCUACAGGGACUACGCUCGAAGUCAUAGUGCGCUGUCGGCGUGCCUCUUGCAAGAUCUCAGGUUGUGUCAAGAAGACGACGUCCGGUUAUUCUGCUACUUAAUACCAGAAAUAUAUACGCAGUUUCCAAACGUUGCUAUAGGCAAUACGGAUAUCUUGAACAUGGUAGUGUCAUGCAUUGAUGCAUCACAGUUGCAAGACCUUGUCUGCCAAAUUCUCCAAGGAAACAUGGUGAUGUUCCGGAAGGACUCCUUCAUAUCCAUCUUGAAUGCCAGCCUUGAGUGGGAGACCUUUGAGCAGUUCUGCUUGUGGCAGCUCAUCGCGGCACACAACAUUCCUGUCGACUACAUCUUGCCCAUUCUGCCCAAAUUGGAAUUUCAAGCACAUGCAGAGGCCCUGACAAGUAUACUGCUGUUGCUUAAACAAGAAAUGCCAUCAGCGGAACUCCUGAAGCACAUAUUGUGUCGGGACGCAAAGAGCAACGACUUUUUUGUCGUCUCAAUCCUCAAGUACUGGACACAGGAGCACGAAGAAAAAUUAUCUGAACUUGUCGGGUCUUUAUUUAGCAAGACGGGAGCAGCUGCCAAAAGAAAAAGGCCGCAAAUGGGAAACAAAAGCCAAGGUCCCGCUGUGGAACAGACAUUGGCUCACCUCGAUCAGCUGCGGCAACAUUGCAAACAAACAUCCUUUUUUAGUCAACCAGCUAUUCAGGCAGCCCUUUCUCAAGUACAGGCAACUGCAGCAGAAUCACAAAAGACAAAGUACAGCGAUCUCUUUGCCCUCUCGGAAGACACAGACGACAUGAAAACGCCAUCAUCUGGAACUACGGGGACAAAAAGCUCGUCUGGAAGGAGUUCUGGCGGCAGUGGGCGGGGGGGUGGCAAGUCAGGUGGCGGGAAGGGGGCAGCACGUUCCAAGAUGGCACUGGCUGACACAGACAGCAGCACAGAAUCUAGUGAUGAUGAAGAAACAGCCAAACCAAAGCCACCGCGAAAGAAAAAGAAAACACAAAUGGUGACUUCGGACAGCGACUGAUGUGGAAAAAAAAAAUCAUGAUAGGUUAAUAACUCAAAACAACAUGUGUGAACAGAGUGACCUGUACAGUAUUCUGCUCAUUGUGCAUCCGUUCUCUUCACACAGCCGUGAUUGUGCUUGCAGCAGACUGUCAGCCUUGCACGUGAUGACAGAUUGUGACCCAAGUGAUCAUUCGUCAGUGAUCUGUGCUGUGACGUGACUCGACACAGAAGCCGCCACAAGACUGUGAAUGAAAUGUUUUUUUUUUUUUCGGGUUUUACCGUUUUUGUAUAUUGUCGAGACUGUUGCUGACUGAAUCGUGUGAUAGGUAGUGCAUAUAGAGAGUGCAUAAUGUAAAUAGCUAAAAGAAAAACUUUGUAAAGGUAACACAUGUGAAGAAGAAAAAAAAAAGAAAAGGAGUGAAAGGUGACAGAAAGCGGCCCAGUGGCCAUGCCUUUAGCUGUCAUUUUAAACGGAGAAAUAAAUCACUGAGACAAAAAGGAGCACCGUUGACCUGUAAGUACAACCAUGCUCCACCAUUAUUAUAAAAAGGCUUGUGUUUGUAGAAGUGUGUGCUCAAAUAUUAUGAUAAAAUCAUCCCAUGGAAGUCGA